UACUUACUACUGCUAAACCAUAACCAUCUUCUACAUCUCCCAAAACCACUACUAUGGAAUCUAGCUCCUCCGGGAAACACCCAAUGUAUCGUGGAAUCCGGUGCCGGAAUGGAAAAUGGGUGUCUGAAAUCCGUGAACCACGCAAAACUACGCGUAUAUGGCUCGGUACGUACCCCACGCCAGAAAUGGCUGCUGCUGCCUAUGAUGUGGCUGUCCUAGCACUAAAAGGUAGUGAGGCUGUUGUUAACUUCCCUGCCGCCGUUGCUUCAUAUCCGACUCCUGCUUCGACAUCAUCGGCCGAUAUACGAAAAGCAGCAGCCGCAGCUGCGUCACUGCAAAAGCCUGAAAAUAAAACUAGUGAGAGAGAGAUUAAUCUAGUAGGGACAGUUCAACAUCAUGAGGCCAAAGAUGUAGAAAUUACGGCCGAAGGAUAUGUGGACGAGGAUGUCCUUUUGAAUCUGCCUAAUUUUCUUGUGGACAUGGCUGAGGGACUGCUAGUGUCGCCGCCAAGAAUCAGUUUAGCUCCUUCCGAUGAUGACUCGCCCAAGAAUUCUCAUGGGGAAUGCUUGUGGAGCUAUUAAUUGCAUCCAUUUUUCCAAUAAUUUGCUAGAUAUCAUAUUUUGAUCUUUUGAUUUUCACAAAAUGUGGAUUGGAAAAAGGACCUGUGAGUUUGAGAAAAUGGCGAAAGAUAGGAAAAAUUGAGGUCAUUGGUGGCAUUAAUUGCAGCUUUGAGCAUAAAGUUGUCUGCCUUUGAAAAUAAAAAUAUAGUAGAUAAUAUAAAAUAAAGACAAAUCUGGUAAACAAAAAACA